GCAGAUUGAGAACAGAGAGUGUUUGUCCCUGCAGUUAAGCCUACACAGCGAUGGAACAAUGUAGUUAUCAAGGGAUUAAAAUAAAUCAAACAACCAAACUCUUUUUCUUAUAUUUAGUGAAGAGAGUAGGACAUUUCCUGUUUGGCUGGCAUGUCUACAACUUAAACUAUUGAUUGAACCUCGCUUGGAAUUCCUGGCUGCGUGUUUUAGCAUGGCGGAACUUGGAGUUCACAGAAUCCUUCUUUUGGUUGUUUCUCUGACAAAGUGUCUGGAGGGCACAAAACUGCUGUCAAACCUUAAAAAAUGUGGUGACCUGGAAUGUGAAACUUUAAUAAGCAGAGUCCUUGCCAUGAGUGAUUACAGAGGACCUGACUGUCUUUACCUGAACUUCACCAAGGGAGAAGAGAUAUCUGUUUAUGUUAAACUCGCAGGAGAAAGAGAAGAUUUGUGGGCAGGAAGUAAAGGAAAGGACUUUGGAUAUUUUCCCAGAGAUGCAGUCCAGAUUGAAGAGGUGUUCAUAUCUGAGGAAGUUGAAAUACCAACUAAAGAAUCCGACUUUCUUUGUCUUCUUGGAGUAAGCUACAUGUUUGAAAAUGAAGAUAAUGAGUUAAGUGAUAAUAGUGAAAAUAUAUAUCCAUAUGAAGAAGAUGAUGAACAAAAAUCUUAUGUAUAUGAAAAUGACUUCCACUUAGAACCUGGCUUUUAUGCAACUUCCGAAAGUACUGUGUUUGAAGACCAAUUUUCAGCAUCAGAAGCUCCUGAAGAUACCAGAAGCAUGAGCAAAUCCAAAGAGUGGGUAGAAGUAGAAGCCGAAAGUGUGGAACAGGAUCAUAUUCCGGAAGUGGAUCAUGUCAUCCUGCCCACAGCUGUGCCCGAAGGAAAGGGGUGGUUUGGGUUGGGAAAAGAACACACUGAAGAGAUGUCUUUUGAAUCAACUAUUGAACCCACACAAGAAAGCUCAUUUCUAGGUAGAAAAAUAGCAAUGGAAGAUGAGAAUGAGAGAGAAGAAUUGAGUAAUGGAGAUCUCCAAACAGAACACGCGCAAGAACCUGAAUCAGAAUUUGAUUCAGUGCCAAAGGAACAGUCUGAACUAGCAUCUGAGUCAGAGCACAUUCUUAAACCGCCAGAUACUGGGUGGUUUGGUGGUGGAUUUAAAAGUUACUUAGGUUUUGGAGAUGAGGAUACAGGGCUUGAAGUAUUGCCCAAAGAAAGCAAUCCACCACUACAGGAUGUCCCCAGUUCCAUAUCAUCCAUUGAAGAAUCCACAGUUCCAUGUACAGAAAUAUUACCAGAAAAAGAAGAUCCAGUGAUUAAUGAUAGCUCCAUUCUCCAAUCAAGUUGGUUUGAUUAUGGUUUUGGUAUGUUAGGCUUUGCAUACGCCAGUGAAGAUAAAAUCAAAUCAGAUGGUGGACAGCAUGAGGGAGAUGCUGGGGGAGAUGAACAUGAACCUCCUCUAGCAAGUGACUUUGACCCUGAUAAGGAACAAGAAAUAAAAAUGAUAGACAGCAUAGAAACGGAAGAUCAGAUAAACGAAAAAGUCUUAGAGGAAACAGAUGAUUCUGAUACUUUGCCAUAUUUUAAAAAGUUCUUAAAUAAUUUUGGCAACCCUUGGAGCUCCCGGAAGAUUCCAAAGGAAACAGAAUUACAAUCUCCACAACAGACACUGGAUCAAAAGAAUGCAGUUGCAAAUGAUGAAACAGAAGAAUUUUCAGUUGAAAAUUACCCCACAGAUGUAGUCUCUAAAACAGAGCUGCCUAUAGCAAUUCAUGAAGAAGCACAUUUUAAAACUUCAUCUUCUAAUAAUAAUGAUGAAACAUCAAAACUAUCAGUAGACACCGAAGUGAUGGCUCACAUGGAGACAGACAAUUCUGUGGACGAUACCCUGCUAAACAGUCAGAUGGUUGCAACUGAAAACUCUUUGUUGGCUCAAAAAUACUUUCCUCAAAAAGCAGAAGAUGCUUCCAAGUUUCCUAUGCUGAGAUAUUUAUUUCAAGUUUUGUAUGAUUUCGUGAAUUCUGCAUUUUCAUCUAUUGUAACUCUAACUGAAAUGGUUGUGGCAACAUUGCCUGAAGAUAUGAGACCUGGCCCUAAUCCCUAUGGGUUUCGAUGGGAAUUGGUGAUAUGUGCAACUGUUGUUGGAAUUUUUGCUGUUCUCUUGUUUUUGUGGAGAAGUUUUCGAUCAGUUAGAAGCCGGCUUUAUGUGGGAAGAGAGAAAAAGCUUGCUGUAAAACUUUCUGAACUAAUUGAAGAAAAAUGUAAACUACUUGAAAAAUUUAGCCUUGCUGAGAAAGAGUAUGAAGGCGUAGAGACACAUUUGAAGGAUGCCAGCUUUGAAGAGUCAACAGAAGUACAAAGUUUGGAGUUUGUUGAAGGAUCACAAAUAUCAGAGACAACCCAUGAAAAGCUGGACAGCUUCAAAUCUAAGCUUGAGGAUGAAGUAUUCUUUUUAGAAAAACAGUUAGAAGAGGAGAAAUCUAAACAUUCCGAACAAGAUAAAUUGAUGGCAGAUAUUUCAAAAAGGGUACAGUCCCUAGAAGAUGAAUCAAAAACCCUCAAAUCACAAGUAGCUGAAGCCAAAACAACUUUCAAAAUAUUUCAAAUGAAUGAAGAACGACUUAAGAUAGCAAUAAAAGAUGCUUUGAAUGAAAAUUCCCAGCUUCAGGAAAGCCAGAAACAGCUUUCACAAGAAGCUGAAAUAUGGAAAGAAAAAGUGAAUGAACUUAAUAAACAGAAAGUAACAUUUGAAGACACUAAAGUACAGGCAGAACAAGUUCUAAAUGAUAAAGAAGAUCACAUCAAGUCUCUGACUGAACGCUUGCUAAAGAUGAAGGAUUGGGCUGCCAUUCUUGGAGAAGACAUAACAGAUGAUGACAAUGUGGAACUGGAAAUGAAGAGUGAAUCAGAAAAUGGUGCUCAUUUAGAUAAUCAUCCAAAAGGAGCUUUGAAGAAAUUGAUUCAUGCUGCUAAGUUAAAUGCUUCUUUAAAAACCCUAGAAGGAGAACGAAACCAAAUUUACACUCAACUAUCUGAAGUAGAUAAAACAAAGGAAGACCUUACAGAGCAUAUUAAAAAUCUCCAGACUGAACAAGCAUCUUUGCAGACAGAAAAUGCACAGUUUGAAAGUGAAAUUCAGAAGCUUCAGCAGAAACUUACAGUAAUGACUGAACUGUACCAAGAAAAUGAAAUGAAACUCCACAGGAAAUUAACAGUAGAAGAAAAUCAUCGGCUAGAGAAGGAGGAGAAACUUUCCAAAGUGGAUGAAAAGAUCAGCUAUGCAGCUGAAGAGCUGGAGACCUAUCGAAAGCGAGCCAAAGAUCUUGAAGAAGAAUUGGAGAGAACCAUUCAUUCUUACCAAGGGCAGAUUAUGUCCCAUGAAAAAAAAGCACAUGAUAACUGGUUGGCAGCUCGAACUGCUGAAAGAAACCUCAAUGAUUUAAGGAAAGAAAAUGCUUAUAAUAGGCAAAAAUUAACUGACACAGAGUUUAAAUUUGAACUUUUAGAAAAAGAUCCUUAUGCACUUGAUGUUCCAAAUACAGCCUUUGGCAGAGAGCAUUCCCCUUAUGGUCCCUCACCAUUGGGUCGGCCUUCAUCCGAAACGAGAGCUUUUCUCUCCCCUCCAACUUUGUUGGAGGGUCCACUCAGACUCUCACCUUUGCUUCCAGGGGGAGGAGGAAGAGGCUCAAGAGGCCCAGAGAAUCCUCUGGACCCUCUGGUUACCAAUGAGAGAGGAGAAUCAAGCUGUGACAGGUUCCCUGAUCCUCACAGAGCACCUUCUGACACUGGGUCUCUGUCACCUCCCUGGGAACAGGACCGGAGGAUGAUGAUCCCUCCACCAGGCCAACCAUAUUCUGACCCAGCUCUUCCUCCACAAAGGCAAGAGAGAUUUUAUUCUAAUUCGGGUAGAUUAUCUGGACCAGCAGAACUGAGAAGUUUUAAUAUGCCUUCUUUGGAUAAAGUGGAUGGGACAGUGUCUUCAGAAAUGGAAUCUAGUAGAAAUGAUACCAAAGACAAUCUUGGCAAGCUAAAUGUGCCUGAUUCAUCUGCUCCUGCUGAAGGUGAAGCAGCUCGCCCUGGCUUUUUCCCUCCCCCUCCUCCUCCGAUCAGAGGGCCAUUGUUACCAGUGGAUCCGUUCAUGAGAAGAGGACCUCCUUUCCCGCCCCGUCCUCCAGGAAGUGUGUAUGGCGUUCCCAGAGAUUUUUUUCCACCAAGGGAUUUCCCUGUUCCUGGCCCACCACCUCCUCCAUUUGCAAUGAGAAAUGUGUAUUCUCCGAGGGGUUAUCCUUAUUACCUUCCCCCAAGAGCUGGGUUUCUCCCCCCACCCCCACAUCCUGAAAACAGAAGUGAGUUCCCCGCAGGGCCGAUUCCUCCUUCAGACGAGCCUGCUGCUGAACACCCAGAGCCACAGCAAGAAACCUGAUGCUAUUUCUGAUCUCUCCAGAAGCGAUCUUGACCUAUCUCACCUUUUCAGUUUAAGUAACCGCUGUUACUUAAGUGAUUGUACUUCCGCUCAAAUUGAAGCCUAAUGGAAUUAUAAUUCUCAGGAUAGCAUUUUGUAAAUAAAGAUGAUUUAAAUAUGAAUCUUAUGAGUAAAUUAUUUUCAUUUUAUUUUGCUCUAGAUAGUAUAAUUAUUUUAAUUUGAUUAAUCCACUAUUACAUAAACAGUGGGAGUUUUAUAUAUGUAAUAUUGCGGUUGGGGAUGUUUUAAAUUCCAAAGGCUAUAUCUUUAGGCCAAGAACUGUGUUUACUAUGGUUGUAGAGAAAUGUGAACGUAACUUUAUGCUUAAUCAAAUAAAUUUUAACUGAUUUAAAGACUUGUUGGGCAUCCAUAAUAAUAAAAUUAGUUAGUUUUCCCAUAAAUACAAUUCCAUUAUUUGUUUUUUUUCUUGUGUCAGUACAUUUGAAGUUCAAAACUAAAGCUUUAUUUGGGUCUUUCUGAUUUCAGUUAUGUUACAAAAUAUGUGUCUUGCUUCUUGAAAAUAGACAUGAGUGGUAUAAAGGCACACCUUAAUACACUUUUCAGAGUCAAAAAUGAGGGAUGGAUGCUUGCCCUAAUGGGUAAAACGGUGGUUGAGACUCCUGCAUCAGGGUCAGUGUUGCAGCGUAGUGGGUAAACCUGCUGGCUGCGAUGCCAGUAUCCCAUAUGGGCUGUCGGUUCAUGUCCUAGCUGCUCCACUUCUGAUCUAGCUGUCUGCUAAUGUGCCUGGGAAAGCAGCAGAAGAUGGCCCAGUGCUUGGUCCCCGGCCACCCACGUGGGAAACCCAAAUGAAGCUUCUGGUUUCAGCCUGGCUCAGCCCUGGCCAUUGCGGCCAUUUGGGAGUGAACCAGCAGAUGGAAGACCUCAUUGCUUUUCCUUCUCUCUCUGUGUAACUCUUUCAAAUAAAUGAAUAAAUCAUAAACACACACACACACACACUCCUCUGUCUCAUAUUGGAAUACCUAGCUUUUUUUUUAAGAUUCAUUUUAUUUAAAAGAGAGAGAGAGAGCGAGAGGUAGGUAGGUAGGUAGGUAGGUCAGUCUUCCAUCUGCUGGUUCACUGCUCAAGUGGCUGCAAUGGCUGGAGUUGAGCCUAUCAGGCCAGGAGUUUGUUCUGGGUCUCCCGUGUGUGUUCAGAGGUCCAAGGGCUUGGGCCAUUUUCUGCUGCUUUCCCAGGCAUAUUAGCAGGGAACGGGAUUGGAAGUGGAGCAGCUAGGACUUGAACUGGUACCCAUAUGGGAUGCCAGCGCUGCAGGCUAGGGCUUUAACACACUGUGCCCUGGCGUUGGCCCCCAAGUACCUGGGUUUGAUACCUAGCUCCAACUCCGGACUCCAGCUUGCUGCUAAUGCAGACUCUAGAGGCAGUGGUGAUGGCUCAAACGUGAGUUUCUGCUAGCCAUGUGGGAGACCUGGAUUGAAUUCUGGCUUCUUGCUGUAGCCCUGUCCCAGUCCUAGCAUUUGUGGGCAUUUGGGGAAUGAACCAGAAAAUGGGGCUCUGUUGUCUGUUAGUUUUUGUCUGCCUCUCUCUCCCUGUAUCUGUGCUUCUCAAAUAAACAUAAAUUUUUGAAAGUAAAAGACAAAUUGAUCAUAAUUUGAAGAAAACAAAGAUAUUAUGUAGUGUUGAAUUUUAGAAUUUUAAUCAUAGUUAACUCAAUGGUUGACUUGUAUAGUUUUGUUUUUCCUCUCCAUUUGUAAGAUACAUUUUUGUGGGAAUUUUGAGAUUUACAAUAACUGUGCUGAGGCAGUGUGUUAUCAUUUUGAGCUCUGGAUUCAAUCAGUAUUUUUAUGGAGUGUUUUAUAGAGUGUUCCCCUAAAUCAGGUUUGUAUUUUUUUUUUUUAAUUAUUUGAAAGGCAGAGUUAGAGAGAGAGGGAGAGACAGAGGUAUUCCAUCUGCUGGUUCACUCCCCAAAUGGCUGCAAUGGUAGGCUGAGCUGAUCUGAAGCCAGGAGCCAGGAGCUUUUUCCAGGCCUUCCAUGCGGGUGCAGGGUCCCAAGCACUUGGGCCAUCUUCUGCUGCUCUCCCAGGCCAUAGCAGAGAGCUGGAUUGGAAGAGGAGCAGCCAGGAGUAGAACUGAUGUCCAUAUGGGAUGCUGGCAACACACACAGAGGCUUAGCUUAAUACACUAAGAGAGAGGUAGAGAGAGAGAGUCUUCUACCCGCUGAUUCACUUCCCAAAUGGAUGCAACGGUCGGAGCUGGGCCGAUCCAAAGCCAGAAGCCUGGAGCUUUUUCCAGGUCUCUGAUGCAGGUGCAGGGGCCCAAGAACUUGGGCCAUAUUCUACUGCUUCCCCAGCCAUAGCAGAGAACUGGAUUGGAAGUGGAGCAGCCAGGACUUGAAUUGGAGCCCUUAUGAGAUGCCAGCACUGCAGACUGGGGCUUUAACCUGCUGAGCCACAGCACCAGCCCCUCAAAUUCACUUUUAAAUUAUUAUUAUUAUUUUUUAAAGCAGAGUUAGAGGGAGACACACAGAUCUUCCAUCUGCUGGUUUACUCCCCAAAUGGCCACAACAGCUCUGGCUGGGCCGGGCCUAAACCAGGAGCCUGGAAGUCCAUCUGCAUCUUCAACAUUGGUGGAAGGGGCCCAAGCACUUGGGCCAUCUUCUGCUGCUUUCUAAGGCACAUGAGCAGGGAGCUGGAUUGGAAGCAGGGCAGCUGGGACUCAGACUGGUGCUCAUAUGGGAUGCAUGUGUUGCAGGAAGGAGCUUAACCUGCUGCACCAGAAUACUGGCCCCUCAAGUAAUUUUUUUAAAAGAUUUAUUUAUUUGAAAGGCAGAGCUACAGAGAGACAAAGGGAGAGAGGGGGAGAGAGAAGGGGAGAGGGAGGGAGAGAGAGAGGGGGAAAGAGAGUCAGUCUUCCAUCCCCUGGUUCACUCCCCAAAUGGCUGCAACAGCCAGAGCUGAGCUGAUCCGACGUCAGGAGCCAGGAGCUGCUUCUGGGUCUCCCACCUGGGUGCAGGGGCCCAAGGACUUGGGCCAUCUUCUACUGCUUUCUGAGACCAUACAUAGCAGAGAGCUGGAAUGGAAGAGGAACAGCCGGGACUAGAACCACCAUCCAUAUGGGAUGCUGGCGCUUCAGGCCAGGGCUUUAACUUGCUGUGCCACAGCACCAGCCCUUCAAGUAAUUUUUUAAAAAUGUACGUGUGAAAUGUAAAAUUUAUGAAUCCUUUGAUGUCUGAUAGUUUCAUUCCCUCAAAUUUUUUGUUAUGUUUUUUCUGGAUAUAGAAUUCUAGGUCAGCAUUUGGAACAUAUUAAUAUUAAUUAACAUGUAUUUUUAUGAUUUUAUUUAUUUGAGAGGUACACUUAUUGACAGAGAGAGGGAGAGAGAGAGAAAGGUCUUCCAUCUGUUGGCUCACUCUCCAAAUGGCCACAAUGGCUGGAGCUGAGCUGGUUUGAAGCCAGGAGCCAGGAGCCAGGAGCCAGGAGCUUCCUCCAGGUCUCCCCAUGCAGGUGCAGGGACCCAAGCACUUGAAGCACUUGGGCUAUCCUCUGCUGCUUUCCCAGGCCAUAAGCAGAGAGCUGGAUGGGAAGAGGAGCAGCAAGGAUACAAAUUGGCACCCAAAUGGGAUGCCAGCUUUGUAGGCGGAGACUUAGCUCACUAUGCCACAGCGCCAGCCCUUAAAUUAUGUUUUAACAUUUGUUUCUGAUGAGAAGUAUGUAGGGAAUUUGAUUAUGUUACCAUUGUUGGUAGGCUUUUUCCUAUUGAAAUGGUUAAAGAUGGGACUGGUAUGGUGUCGUAGUGGGUUAAGUGGGAGCCUGUGACACCAGCAUAACCCAUGAGCACCGGUUCCACGUCCCUGCUCAUGGGCCUGGGAAAGCAGCAGAAGAUGGUACAAGUGCUUGGGCCCUUGCCACCUGUGUGGAAGACCUGGAUGGAAUUCCAGGCUCCUGGCUUCAGCGUGGCCCAGCCCGGGCUGUUGUGGCUGCUUGGGGGGUGAACCAGCAGAUGGAAGCUUUCUUUCCGUCUCUCCUCUUCUCUCUCUCACGCUGCCUUUCCAAUGGAAAAAAAAAGUUUUUUUUUUUUUUUUUAAAGAAAAAAGAUAUAUUUUUAACCAUUAGUGUCCUGAAAAUCACAAUGUGGUACAUCACAGGUGAGACUUUUUUUCAAUCCUUAUUGUGGUAAGUGCUCUAAGCAGCAGACUCCAAUAUGGAAUUAUUAAGAACACCUCAGAAGGAUUCAGGGAAGGUGCAGAAUUAGGGGGAGAGGGCCUUCAGAUGGCUGUUGACGGUUGACAACGGCAGCAGUGUCCAUGUGAAGCUGGCUUUGCAGGCACGCAGAAGGCGAGAGUCAGUCAUGGCAGCCUCCACCGAGAUGGCGAAGGAAAGCUUGGGAGGCCAGGCAGACUUGUGCCGCAGGGUUCUGAGCCCUGUAUGGGCCUCUGAUGGGGCAAUGCCAAUGGACUGUGGGAGUGGAGCUGAAAUAGAGACCUGACAGAGGCAGAGAUACCAGCAACAUGAGAUGCCCACUGUGGAAAGCUGCACUGUUCCAGGCAAGCCUGGGAAAGCCACAGACAGUAGCAUGCAGCCCCACCCAGCAGCUGUGUGGGCAGAGACCUCGGAGCUGUAUAGGCGUGGAAGCCUCCACCUAGAUUUCAAAGGAAUCAGACAGCACUGGGGCUCAAGUGGACACUUUUGGCUUGGAGGGGGGGGUGGUGGAUGGACAAAGCCUCUACUAGGGCUGUGCCAUGUGCAAAUUUGGAGUCAGGGCUGCCACAGAGAGUCUGUACUAGGGCAGUGCUAGUGGAGCUGUAGACAAGACUAAACUGUGGGGGCUGAGGUAUGGGCUGUGACUAGGCUGUGACUAGCAAAGUGGUAGGAGUGGGACUGCCCAAGCCCUCUGGUAGCUAGACUUUGCCACAGUGUUUUCCAGAUGGAUCCUUUUUUUUUUCUUUUCUUUCUUAGAUUUAUUUGAAAAGGCAGAAUUAGAAUGUAGAGGCAGAGAGAGCGAGCGAGCGAGCGAGCGAGCUCUUCCAUCCAUGGGUUCACUUCCCAAACGGCUGCAGGGUUGAGUCAGCCAGCAGGCUUGUGGGUGCAGGGGCCCUUAAACUGAGGCCAUCUUCUGUUGCUGUGCCCAGGCACAUUACCAGGGAGCUGGCUUGGAAGUAGAGUAGCUGGUAUCACAAUGCCAGCAGUGAGGCUCUGGAUUUCUGAUUGAAUGUUGCAUAGAGUUAAGAUUUUGGAACUAUUGGGGAUGGAAUCAUUUUAAGAUUUACUUAAUUUGAGAGGGAGAGUUACAACAGCAAGAGGGAGAGGGAGAAAGAGAUAGGUCUUCAAUCAGCUGGUUCACUCCCCUAAUGGCCACAGCAGUCAGGACCGAGCAAGGAUGCAGCCAGGAGCCUGCAGCUUCUUCCAGGUCUCCUAUGUGGGUGCAGGAGCCCGAGCCCUUGGGCUUCCUCUGCUUUCCCAGGCCAUAAGCAUGGAACUGGAUCUGAAGAGAACAGCUGGGACAUGAACCAGUGCUCAUAUGGGAUGCUGGUGCCGCAGGUGGAGGCUUAACCUACUACACCACAGUGCUGGCUGGCCCCAAGGAUGGAAUUAUUGUUUUGUAUGUGGGAAGGACUUGAAUUUGGGGGGGACCUGGGGUGGAUGCCAUGGUUUAAACAGGAUAUGGCUCCCAACUCAUGACAGAUAUUUAAACCCCAAAGUAAUGGGUUAGUGGCGCUAGGAGGAUGGGGCUUGAUCUAAUUGUUGUGAUUAGCAUAGGCUUUGUUGUAGGGGGCUGUUCCUUGGUUCACAAGGAGGGUGCCCUCACAAGGUAUUUUCAUGGGAAGAUGUUUACUAAAGCCAGGUUGGACCUACCCUCUCUGCCUCGUGGCUCGCCCUGUGAUGGAUUCUCUACACAUGCUCUGCAUGGCCAUCCUCUUGGUGAACCAGGGCUCUGCUGGACUGUGAACUGUGAACUGCCAAAACUGUAAGCCAAAAUGAACCUCCUUUCUUUAUGAGUAGCCUAUGAUAGGCAGUUAUAGUGAUGAAAGUGCACGAACACAAUUGUCCUUUAAGAUGAAAAAUGGUCCAAAUUAGUAAGAAACAAAAUCAUCCAAGGCCAUCACCAAAACAAAAUAGGCAACAUUCUAAGAAAUAGUAGCUGAGGAUUUCCCAAGACCGACGAAAUACAUAAUUUCUCAGAUUGUAGAAGUGCUGAGUCCAAAGCAGAUUAAUAAGAGUAUUGGAAUUUGAAGAAUAUUAGAUAAUUUUUAACGAGUGAUUGCUUUAUUUGAAGGAUGGAGUUAGAGACAGAGAGUAAGAUCUUCCAUCUCCUGGUUCAUUCUCCAAAUGGCUGCAAUGGCUGGAGUUGUACAGAUCUGAAGCCAGGCCAAGAGCUUCUUCUGGUCUUCCACAUAAGUUCAGGGGCCCAAGCAGUUAGGCCAUCUUCUGCUGCUUGCUUAAGCCAAUAGCAGGGAGCUGGAACGGAAGUGGAGCAGCCAGAACUUGAACCUUUGCCCAUAUGGGAUGCUGGCACCACAGGUGGUGGCUUUUACCUUCUAUGCCAUGGUGCUGGCCCCUAGGAAAAAAACCACUUGUUUGACAGGCAGAGAGAGAGAGAGAGAGAGAGAGAGAGAGAGAUCUGCCAUCUGCUGGUUCGCUUCCCAAACAGCUGCAACAGCUAGGCCAAAGCCAGGAGCCUCAAACACCAUCUGGGUCUCCCAUGUGGCUGGUGGAGACCCAAGGACUUGGACCAUCUUCCACUGCUUUCCCAGGAACAUUAGCAGAGAGCUGGAUCGGAAGUGGAGCAGCCAGAACUCAACUUGUGCCUACAGGGGAUGUGGGCACUGAUUACUGAUCCUGGCUUAACCCUUACUCUAUGCACCCCCCCACCUCCCCAGAAAUAAAAUCUUAAAAGCAAUCAGUAACACAUAUUACCUAUAAACAAACAGCAAACUGACCACUUUUCUCAAUAAUGAUAAAGUUAUCAUGAUAAUGACUAUAUAUGUUCACACAGUAAAUGAGCAGUACAUUCAACACUGAGAAAAAAUAUGGAUAUGGUUAUCUAUUUGGAAAAAGGAAGAUAUGUUCUUUUAAAAGGAAAAACAUCAGAAACGAGCUUGAAGGGGACUGAAAAUGAGCAGCUCUUUGCUAUAAAUAUCCUAUGGAGUAGAUAUAUUCUUUAAGUUCAGUGGGUACUCAUCAAGGGACUCUAACAUUCACACAGGUUGAGGCAGCUGUCCUCUUCCUGUUCAGGGCGUGUGUUCACAUGGAAACUGGGCAACUAUUUGACAAGGUCCGAGGAUAUUUCUGUAUUUGGAGGCUGGACUAGUAACCCUCCAGGAUUACAUUCAAAUUCCAAUUCUCCAGCUAUUAGUAAUAGCAGGGGAAACUCAUUUUUGCAUUUAGCACGUAAUGUUUUUCCAAGUAAUCCUGUGAAGGAGUUAAGGCAGCUGCUUUUAUGCUUGUUUUCGAUAUAGCCUUAGGAGGCAGGUCUUUUAAAUUUGGUCUUUAAAACUGUGGUUCAUGAGGUUAUAUAAUCUGCCUCAUUUUUCAGUUCUGUUACAAGGGUCUGGAUGUGGCAGAUAGAACCAGAGACCAGAGACUCUUGGUUUGGUAUGUGUAGUUGGGAAGUAAGUAUUCUUCUUCCUAUGGACUCAUUAUUAGGGGGGAACAUUUGCUCCCAAUCAAGACUUGCUAAGUCUCUUCUGUUUUCUAAAUUGUUUUUCAUUUAUGGAAGAAGGCUAACACUUCAGUUGUAAAGAACUGGCUAGCUAAAUACAAUAGUAUGCUGUUGGCUGAAUUUCUUCUAUUUUUUCCCUGUGGUAUUCCUGAAAAUGGUGUCUUUAGUUCAUGCUUUAUUCAUUAUUUAUCUUGGAUAGAAUUUAUGCUGUGUUAAGUUCAACCUGAAAUUGUAAGGCUUUUAGAAACUGUAAAAUGAGAACAUCAUUACAAUUGUGGAUCUAGUUCAGAGAAGAAAAGUUCAAAGAAACAACCUGAACAGUAUUUUGUUGAAUACUUUACAUAAAUACACGAUUGACUAAAGUUCAUCUUCUGUCCUAAGCUCUUGAAAUUAUGAAUCCUCUUUGGAGAAGAAAUCAGAUUCUGGUAGGCUUUCUUGGGUGGCAUAUUUUAAUUAUAUAACUUUGGUUGUAACCUAAAGUAAAAGUAAGAAAUAGUGAAAAAUUGAUGUAUUUAAAUUUUUUUUGUAAAGUGAAGGAACUAGACAAGUUGACUUCUAAAAGAUUUUUAAUUAAAAGUUUCAUAUGAUAAACUGUCAUUUUGUGGAAUUUUUUUUUUAGCAUUGAUUCAUUUAUUUGAAAGGCAGAGUUUACAGAGAGAGACAGAAUCUUCCAUUCGCUGGUUCAAACCCCAAAUAGCCACAAUGGCGAGAGCUGAUCUGGUACAGUAGCUUCUUUGGGUCUCCCAUCCAGGGGCACAAGGACUUGGGCCAUUUUCCCUGCUUUCCCAGGCACGUUUGCCGAGAGCUGGAUAGGAAGUAGAGCAGUCAGCCCACAUGGGAUGCUGGCAUUGCAGGUAGUGGUUUUACCUACUAUGUUACAGUGCCUGUCCAGGGCUUAUUGUUUUUAAAAAUUAAAUAUUUCAGACAUAAAACCAGAAUUCCAGCAUUAAAAAAAGAUCAGUUUUAAUAAAUUAACUUAUGAAAACAGAAGCAUGACCAGUUUUAGAUAUUCAUUACUAUUAUUAUUUUAUAUAUAUUUUAAAGAUUUAUUUAUUUAUGUAAAAUUGGAGUGGUGGGGGAGGGAGAGGGAGAGGGAGAGAGAGAGAGAGAGAGGGAAAGGAGAUCUUCUAUCUGCUGGUUCACUCCCCAGAUGGCCACAAGAGCCAGGGCUGGGCUGAAGAAGCCAGGCACUUCUUCCAGGUCUCUCAUGUGGAUGCCGGGGCCCAAGCACUUAGGCCAUCUUCCACUGCUUUCCCAGGCCAUAGAAGAGAGUUGGAUCAGAAGAGGAACAGCUGGGACAUGAACUGGCACCUAUGGGAUGCUGGCACUGCAGGUGGGGGCUUAGCCUACUCUACCACAGCACUGGUCCCUAUUUUAUUAUUUAAAAGGUAGACAUAAAGAUCUCCCAUUCCCAGUUUACUUGCCAAAUGGUUAUAACUGCUGGGCCAGGUGGAAGCCAGGAGCUGGCUUUUUCCAUGUGGUUGUCAGGGACUCAAGUACUUGAACCAUCAUCUGCUGCCUCAGUGUGCAUAUUAUUAGGAAGCUGGAAUUGGGUUGGGAGUAGAGCUUGAACUUGAACCCAGGCUCUCCAAUAUGGCAUGAGGAUAUCCACAUAGAGUUUCAACUGCUGUGCCAAACAUCCACUCCAAAUAUUUUAUUUUUUUAAAGAUUUAUUUUAUUUAUUUGAAAGAUAGAGUUACAGAGAGAGGUAGAGACAGAAAGAGUCUUCCAUCCAUUGGUUCACUCCCCAGAUGGCCAUAAUGGUCGGAGCUGCGCCAAUCCAAAGCCAGGAGCUUCUUCCGGGUCUCCCAUGUGGGUGUAGGGGCCCAAGGACUUGGGCCUCUUCUGAUCCAGCUCUCUGCUAUGGCCUGGGAAAGUAGCUGAAGAUGGCUUAAGUGGUUGGGUCCCUACACCUGCGUGGGAGACCCUGAAGAAACUCGUGGCUCUUGGCUUUGGAUUGGCUCAGCUCUGGCCGUUGUGGCCAUCUGGGGAGUGGAGCAGCAGAUGGGAGAACUUUGUCUCUGUCUCUCCAUCUCUCUGUGACUCUACCUCUCAAAUAAAUAAAUAAAAUCUUAAAUAAAGAAGUUUUGAAAAUAAAAGCAGUACCAUAAUGCCAAGCCCAUCUGCUACUCAUUUAGUGUUUUACCAAUGAACAGUUACUGUUUAAGAAUUUGGACAGUAUACAAAGUUCUUGAUGAAGUAACAAAUACCGAGUAUCACUGACAUCUAUCCAGUCUGUUUUAUUUCUUCUGGUCACUGUUCCUUUUCUAUUUAAAGAGUCAGUUUUUGUCUUAUUUUGCUAUAUAGUCCCUGUCAUUUCAAAUAUUUAAAUUUGCUCUUUUUUCACAUGCCUUUUCUCCUAAUGAAUGUUGUUCAGAUACAGUGAUAUAAAUUAAUUAAAUCAAUUUUAAUAUGGUGUAUAUUUUGACAAAUGUAUGAUACUCUAUGUGCUUGGUAUUUUUAAGUGCACAGGAGACAGCCAAGAACAAUAAGUUUUACUAUAUGGGGGGAGGUGAAGGAGGUGGGGAAGGAGGUAGGGAGAAAGAGGUAGGUACAAUUGUAGAUACAAUUAACCUCAUGCCCAUCCAUACCCAUUCAUGCUGUCAUGUUCCACAGGUAAGCACUAUUUGUUUUUUCAGUUAAAUGUGUUUGUUUAUGUACAAUGUGUAGGUUUAUUUGUCUUAUCUUUAAAAAAUGUUCCUAAAUGGCAUCGUUAGUUCUGCAAGGCCCAAGUUGGUCUAGAGUUGCAGGGAAGCAAGAGGCACUGUCCAGUGCAGUGGGGGAGCAGGCAGCCAGCCAGCAGUGGCAGGAGCAUGUGCCGGGGUCGUAGGGGUGGCAGGAAGGAGCAGAGUGCUUACACUGAGGAUGCUUUCAGAGCUAAGAGGCAAUCAGUUGGUACCUGACACAUACAUGACUUUAGAAAGGAAAAGCAAUGCUGAAAAUUCCCCAGUGCUGAAGGACUCACUGCAUUCUCCUACCGCUAGACCUUGGGGAGCCCUGGGUUUGCACUGGGAGUUGUGUCUGUACAGGCAGGUGGCCUUUAGAAUACGUGAGUGUGGCUGCAGCUCUGGUUCAGUGUCAAGAGGCUGAAGGGCAGUGGGGCUGCAGAGUUCACAGAGGGCCCUCAUCAGCCUUGUGGCUGAGGCAUGUUCCGCUGGGUGGGUAUCUUCACACCUACACUGCCUGUCCUGUUAAGUCCUUCAGUGCCCUUACUGAGAAGUUAACGAUGCUCUCAUGCUAAAGGCUCAAGGAAAGGAAAUGUGUUAUGGACAGCAUAUGUUGAAGAAUACAUUCAGAGCCAAGAGGAAAUAAAUGGGUAACUGACACAGUAUGAGUUUAAGGAGGCAUGUAAAAUUUCCAAAUGCUCAAGCGCUAAUAGCAUAUUUAAAAAAUGAUGGAUGACAGGAGUACCAAAUUAUAACAGCAUUUCAAUUCUGUUACACUGAAAAAUGUUUACAGUUCAUUUUAAACUAUUACUGUGUAUAUGUGUUAAGAUUAUAAUAGUUUUAUAGAUUUAAGUUAAUAUAUGAAGAGGUAUACAGUUUUUCAAAACUUCUUUAGAAUUUUUAGGGGUCAUGAAAACAAGCUAGGAGACAUGGUGUUAGUAGACUUGCAGAAGUCAAAGUCCUGGGUCAUAGGGCACAGGUGACUUUUGACACUUUACAAGAUACUGCAAAUUUGCUACCAUGGACACAUCAAUUCAAACUCCAGCUGUCAGUGUUUCCCUCUUCCUUGCCGUCACAUGGUCUGUCUUGUCCUCAACUGUUCACUUUUUUGUCUUCCAGGAAGAAGGGAAGGAUGAUUCAAGUAUCCUGAAAACUUGUUCAUGACACAUCUUGCUUUUUCUUUCCAAAACCCCCAACCUAAAUUAGAUCAUACCAGGAUGAUGUCCCUCAAGCCCAGCGGGGGUUGGAGCUGGGGCUGAGAGGAGGGCUCCCUGGAGCCCUCUAAAUGCCUUCCUGCAUUCAGAUACUUCAAUCUGUUUGUGGCUGACGUGUGCUCCCAGAUGUGGCUCAACUAGGGGUUGUGAGUGAGAGAUUACAAAUUAGAGCUUCAUCAAUAUUUUGAAAUACCUGUACUGGAAAAAAUCAGUUUGAUUUUGAAAUUAAUUCCCUUUAUAGGAAACCUCAACAUUAUUUACCAAGGAAACAGUUGUUAAAUUUCAGCUGGUUUUUGGAAUGGUUAAAAAAAAUUAUUUCUGGGUGUUUCUCAUUGGUGGCAGUAUUAAAAUUUUGAAAAGAUUAUCAGUUAAAAUAAUUGACAAGAUUUUGAAAGUUCUAUACAAAUUUCCUAUUUUUCCUCAAAUCCUCUGGCUUCUCCAUCAAUUACAUGAGAAAGGGUAAUGCUCUUCCCUGCAGCCCUUCUAGUUAAUACCAGUAUGCUGUAUUUUCUUUAGAUGCCAAGACCUAAAAAAGGUUAGAAAGCAUUGAUACCAAGCUAGUGCAGUCCCUGUGCACUAUCCACACUGCCUGAGUACUACUCCCUUAGGACUGUUAGAUUACUGGCUUCAUAAAAAUCCAGUCUGAUUCAUGCUGUAAGUCUCAAGCAAGCUUGUUUCUGCAUUUUUGUGUCUGACUGUAAGCAUCCUUCUCCUAGGCCUCACCCCAUUCACUCUGUAACUUUUUCAUUCCGGGGAUGGUAGAGGAUAUCAGGAAGUAAUUUUAAUAUGUAAAUUUUACAGUUCAGUGUUUUAAAAAUAUUUAAUACCUUUUUUCAAAGAUGAUCUUAUAUGUCUGUGAGCUGUUAGGUUAACAAUAGUUGAAAAUUUCAAUGAAGAAUCAGAAUUUUCAUAACCAGUGUAAUCCUCUGUUUUACAGAUGAGGAAACUGAAGCACAAAGGGGAGUGUGUGCUCAGGUGGCAUCAGAGCCAGAACUUAAGAGUACAGCACAGAUGAACAGUCUCCUGGUUCAGGGCCUUACUACACCUUCACUUGCGUGUUAUUCACACUUGUUCAAGACUUCCUUUUUCAUGCAUUUUAACGACAAAAGUAUGUCUGGGCAGUGCUGUGGCACAGUGGGUUAAUGCCCUGGCCUGAAGUGCUGGCAUCCCAUAUGGGUGCUGGUUCAAGUCCCGGCUGCUCCUCUUCUGAUCCAGCUCUCUGCUAUAGCCUGGGAAAGCAGCAGAAGAUGGCCCAAGUCCUUGGGCCCCUGCACCCACGUGGGAGACCCAGAUGAAGCUCCUGGCUACUGGCUUUGGAUCGGUGCAGCUCCAGCUAUUGUGGCCAAUUGGGGAGUGAACCAGCAGAUGGAAGACCUCUCUCUCUCUGUGUAACUUUGACUUUCAAAUAAAAUAAAAUAAAUUUUUUUUUUAAAGAUAAAAGUACGUCAGUUCAAUCAGAGAAGUUAGAUAUAUCCAGGAAAUAAGGGAGCGGUAGGUAUAAAGACAAUUCUUUAUGAAUACCGGAUUAUUCCAAGAUGGGGCAGUACCUGGAAGGAAAAUGGAAGAAGGAAAAGAGCCAUUUUCUUUUCCAUAAAUGAGAACUGUUUGUCUCAACAAACAAGGAUGAUGAUCAUAACACCAAACUAAAGCAAUAUAGGAGUUUAUGAAGUAUUGGCAUACUUAAGUACUUGCAUCCAGAACAGGAUUUUAUAUUCUUACUCAUUUUUUAUUUUGAAAGGCAGAGCAAGAAUCAAAAUGAGAGCAAGAGAGAUCUUCCAUCUGCUGGUUUACUCCUCAAAUGGCCAGAACAGCCAGGGCUGGGCAGGCUGAAGCCAUAUGCCAGGAACUCCAUCUGUGGCUUCCAUGUUAGUGGCAGGGACCUUGUACUUCAGCCAUCAUCUGCUGCCUCCCAUGUGUAUUGGAGAAAGCUGAAUGGGAUGUGGCUGACCAAAGUGAUGGCUUAACCCAUUAUGUCACAAUGCCCACAUCCACAAUAGGAAUUUUUAAAAAUAAGCUGUAUACCAUGUACUCCAUGCAUGCGGUUUUAUCAUUUCAAUAAUGUAGUCUAAGUGUACAAUAUACUAGGAUUUUGUGCUAACCAGUCUAAUGUCUGCUUUUAAGCUUGUAUUCUCAAGCCAAAUUUUUUUUUAAAUUAAAAACUAUUCAGCCUGUAGCUUUAUGAUAUAUUCCUAAAUCUACGCAUUAUUGCACCUGAACAUAAUAGGAGCUAACAUAUGAUUGUACACAAUGUAAGGAUUGUUGCAGUUUAUUUAACACUAAAAGUUUCAUGCUUCAUGUACAACAAAAUAUAUUACAAUGAUCAGUUUUUAAUGUUUUAUUCAUUGAUUAAAAGAAUAUACAUUUAACAUAAACCAUACAACAUCAGUCAUCAGGUCAAACAUUCAGCUGGUUUCCUUACAGUUUCUGUCAGGAGUUAUUUUAUCUGAUCACAUUUACAAGAUAAAAUCUCACCACAUCUGGCAUUUACACACACUGUGCCAGUGGAUUCACACUACUGAUGUACAUAUAAAAUCUGCAUGGUAUGUGCUCACUGGAGACAAAACAGUGCACACCUGUCAAAAGGUCAUUUUUAAUAUAAGAUGGUAAAACCAUUUGUAAAACACAUAUAAACUUUUUCCAUAAAUAGAAUCAUAUCUGGACAUCUGUUGCAUAAAUUGUGUUUCCAAAGCUUACAAUAUAGCAGCCAGGUCUCAGCACUGCUGGGCACCCACGUUGGCUACUUACUUUAUUAUUGCAGACUGUCCUAUAACAUUAAAUGCACAACAUUCGUACCACUUAAAACUGGGGUCAGGUGGAAGUCUCACAGAGACCACGUCUGUACCGCGGUUGCCCUGAAACAGUUAAAUCGGCUUUUAAAGCCUCUCAGAUAUAACAAGGUUUUAAAACAUACUUCAUGGAAUGUUCUUCAUGUAUCAUAGCAGCUCAUACCUGUGAUAGAACAAGCUUUCAGUUUUUCCUUUCUUUCCUUUACAUUCACUAUUCACAGUGAAACAGGUGCAUGGUUUUUUUUUCUUUUUUUUUUGUUUUGUUUUUUUCAGAGUUCUGAGGUUGCUGACUGAGCCACAGCACAGCUGUGUACCACAGGUCGAAAUUCGACCUUAAAUAUUACAAUCUAGCAGUAUCCGGCUGGCCAGAGUGGGCCGGCCCCUGCCAGCAUGUGGGCACUUCUUCAUUUAAGUCUAUUCUUUGGCAGCUGACACGCGUGCUGACAGAGAAAAAUCCAGUGACUUGUUGCUAAGGAUUUCACGACUAAUGUCUGCUUGCAAGCAUGUAUGUUUACAACUCUGUAGUUUUAUUCUCUUUAGGAGGUUUUACCCUGGAAUAUAUAGUUUCUUUUUCCCUCCACUAUUUGAAAUCUGGGCUAAAAAGCUAACUUGAAUAUGUAAUAUAAUUGAUGAAUAAAAUUAGGUUACAGUUUUAAAAAGUACAACAAUUCAGUUUUUAUGUUCAUCUAAAUGCAUUUUUUU